AUGUCAGACGCCGAAGUGAUCAAAAAGUAUCGCGGCAACUGCCACUGCGGGGCUUUCGUCUUUGAGGUUGAGCUUCCCGAGAUCAAGACUGUAGCAGACUGUAACUGCAGUAUCUGCUACAAGAGGGGAGCUCUUUGGACGAUGCCCAAACAACCUCCUACCAUCGUUAAGGGUGAUGACAACACGCUCGUCAAGUACAUGUUUGGUGCCAAGACGGCUACCCAUGAAUUUUGCGGUAACUGCGGCACUCCAGUCCUGGCUGCGAUGAUCGCCAGCGGGGAGAAUGGCAAGUCCAUGAAUCUCGAUAUUUGGAGCCUAAACCGCAAACCCCUGGAUGGCGCCAAGUUGGAUCCUCAAUACGUCCCCUCGGUCUACUCGGGCCCCGAACCAAAACCUGCCAGCUUCGAAGGGGGAAAACUGUACCAUGGAAGCUGCCAUUGCGGCGCUGUGACUUUGGCAGUCAAGUUGAAGGACCCUCUGGAGGACGGAGUUUACAAAGAGGAGAUCAUGGACUGCAACUGCAGCUUCUGUCGUCGUAGCGGCGCCAUUUGGAUUUACCCCACGCACGACCAACUCGCCAUUCACGGCUCUGAGAACCUGUCUCAUUACGUCUGGGGGAAUAAGGUCUGGCGCAGGACCUUCUGCCGCAACUGUGGUACGUAUGUCUUUACCGAACCGAACCUCUUGACAGAAGAGGAGGUUGCUGCGCUGCCGGAGCGGGCUCGUACCAUGCGAGCUCGCACACUGGAUAGAAGGCCGCUUAAUAUUCGUGUGCUGGAUGGAUUUGAUGUCAAGGCCGUCACGCCGAUUCAAGGGGACUGUUGGGCUCUGCUGCAGCCGGGGUAUGUGAACCCCUGA